AUGUGGCUGCCGGUUAUCUUUAUGGCCUGUCUAGCCAUCGCAAGUGGAUCAGUUGCCGAGGCUCCCGUGGAGCAGGCAUUCGUUCCCCGAUAUAAACCAGUGGCCGAGAGCAAGCGCCAGGAUCUGGAGUUGCCCGCUGAAGGUGAACAGCCCAGACCACCAGUGGCUGAAAAAAAGCCCUGGCGACGUGUAGAGUAUAGUUACGAUGCGGUUAACACGGCUGCAUGGCCAGCCCCUUCCGCUCCAGCUGCAAUCUUGUCGAUUCUCAAUCCUUUACUGGCUCCGGGACUACUACUUCUAGGCGUUAAUCUGGGAGCACUGCUUUACAUGCUUCUCGGUCUGCUAGGACUGGCUCCUCAUAAAAGCACCGCCAGGUUCAGUUCCGAGCCCAGACCCAACUCCUGGCACUCGGACGAGAUCCUCUACACACAUCCGCGUCGACAAAAUCAGCACAAUGAGGGCAAGGAAACGGCCGUAUAUUUUUAGUUAAAGCGCUUAACGCAAUACUUUCUUUCAACUUAUCCAAAACGUAUAAAAUAAAAAUGAAAACGUACAUAAAUAAAUUCAAAGUACAAAACUAAAA